ACCGGCCCAUGGAGGAGUCCAAGACGGGGCUGUGGCAGAAGCUCAUGUCGCGGCCUCUGGCCCAUCUCCACGGCUUCUUCAUGAUGGCCGCCUUCUUGGUCUUGUUCCCCGCCGGUGCCGUGGCCAUCCGCUCCGGAUCGGACAAGUCGUUCCGCUUCCACUGGGUCAUCCAAGUCGCCGGCCUCGUCUCCGCCUUUAGCGGCGCAGUCCUCGCCAUCAUCAUGAGCGACAGAGUCUUUGGCUCGCCUCACCAAAUCGCCGGCGUCGUCAUCUUCUCGCUGCUGCUCGUCCAAGCCGUGCUCGGCUGGCGGCACCACAUGGACUUUAUACGCAUCUUCCGCCGCACGUGGAUCUCCUACACGCACGUAUAUCUCGGCUUUGUGAUUCUCCUGGCCGGCUGGGCAAACGUGAUAAGCGGCCUUGUGCUGUACGGCUUUAGCAAAUUCGGCACCGUCAUGAUUGGAGUCUUGAUUUUGCUUGAGCUGUUGGGCGUGGGCGGAUGGUCCUUUCUGGCGAGACGCCGCUCCCUGGCUCGAGAUUCGGGCUACAAGGAGACACCAGAGUCUUCGGCGGCAUACUUUGCCUUGGAUGAUAUCCCGGAGAGUGACGAGGAGGAUGAUGUGCCGGAAGACAGGGGGCUUAUGCACAAGGGAGAUGAACGAAAUUGACCGAAUUCAUUGCUUCUUGGGAGUUUUUUUCUUUUUUGAUAAUAUGGCAUGUGUUUCGCGCAAGACUUUUUGUAUUUUACUCCAACCUUGGCACUGAAUGAAGAAGCUUGGCUAAUGUAAUGAGAGAGGCGAAUAAUCCUCUAUUGGCAAGAUAAAAGCCACAGCAGUAAUAUUAUACAAGUUGAUGAAAGGGCCCGUUUAUGGCCUUGACACAAUCCACCCGAUUCGUAAACUGCAAAGUUGGCUGCCCUUUUGGAAUUGCACACAAUUCAUCUUCACGACUCAUCAAACGUUUCAAAGCUAGAGCCCGUCUAUUCGGAAGCACUCUUGUCAUACUUCGCUAUAUAUCUCAUCGACUCUGCUUCCUGUCCCGGUCCAAAGUAACUGGCUAGCUUUCAAAUACCGCGUCCUAGAACCAUAAAAACCAUAAUCACAUGCCUGUAAAUAAGGGCACAUUUCAUCCCAUCCUUUUAGCCCAUCCAUUCAUUCAGAUAAUAUGCACGUUGGCAAGGGAAGAAAAAAAAAAA